AUGAAAAUCCCAUAUGUUGUGUCACUGAAUACGCGGGAGGCCUAUAGCACAUGGCAAACCAUGAAAACCUCCCCCGGGGAGGCUCCGCGAAAAAUUGUAGCUGAAGAUUUCGAAUGGGACGACGACUUUACUCCAGCGCCUCUCACAUUCUUUGCCGCACUUUCGCUUUCUAGAGUAUUUCAUAGAAUAAAUCCGCUGCAGAGAAUAUUGCAAAAGGACGUCGAUAUGCUUAUGGAUUUGUAUCUCGCUGAUAUACCCCUUAAGUAUAGCGUACCGUAUAUUAAGGAUGAACAAUAUUGGAAGCGAUCAUUCUAUUCCAAAUUCCCAUCGCGCAAGGAAAUGGGGGUAACUUUCUGGAAAGGCAAAUUUUUAUCCGCCUGCCUACAAGACUAUUUGGAAAAUGUUAACCCCGACGUCUUUAUUGAAGAAGAUGCAGUUAUAUUAGCAAGAUUGGUUAGUCCAUAUAUUUUUGAGCUGAGCUUGAAUCAAUUGCAAAUGGUUCGACAGCCCACACCCUCUAUACCAUAUGAACAUUUAGUUGAAGACACUUGCGAAUUUAGCGUACCUAAAGUCUACGAUCACAUACCUUUAGAACCAGUUCUCUGUAGACUAUACAAUCUUAAAGAAAUUUCUCUUAUUUUUGGUAUAAACAAUCUAGAGGACAAUUAUUUGACUAGAUAUUUCGAGUUUUCUAUAGCAGAUUGUGAGUCUAUGUGCAGAGGACUUGAAUAUUUAAAUCAUCUAGCCACGUUUCGCAUUAACCGGAGUAAUUUAGACUGUUCCAAAGUAAAAGUAAUAUUACAAAACCUUGUGAAAAAGGAAACAAUCGAAGAAUUAGACUUUAAUCACUGCAAGAUUGGAGAUUAUGGUAUGAAGGCUUUAGGAGGAUUUAUUUACAUACACAAAAACGUGAGGCGAGUAAGAAUAGCUAACAACAGAUUCAAAGAAGCUGGCGUUCAAGGUAUUGCAUACGCUCUACAGAUGAAGCCAGCUGCUCCUAUUGAAUUGAUUGAUUUCAGUUUGAAUCCUAUGUCCUUGGAAUGCGCAACCAUCUUUGCGGCCGCUUUUGUGAGGUGUAAGGAGAAACCUCAGACUCUAAUAGUAAAUUCUUGCGGAUUCCGCGGAAAAUCCGCUGAAAAGAUGGCCGGCUUACUAAGUCUCAACCGUGGUUUGACUAGAUUGGAUAUGGCUGCCAAUAAUUUAUCUGGCGAGGCAGAGGAUACUCUGUUACGUGUUUUGGAAGUAAAUAAAAAGAUUUUGAAAAUCGAUUUGCGUUGUACACACAUUUCUGAUGAGACGCAGGCGAGAGUGAACGAGCUUUUGGAGAGAAAUAAAAAGCUAGUAGGCCAGGAGACAGAGGCGAGUGAUGAAAUUCCACCGCUGUACCUCAAUGAGCCAGAGUAUCUGAUAUGGGAGUAUAAUCCUAAUAAUCCGAAUUACAUACCCGGACGAUAUCCGGAGAGAAUUCCGGAGGUUUAA